GAUUUCUAUCAAGCAACUAUCGCCAAUAAAACGUUACAAAAAUGUUCAAAUAUACCGUUGUACUCUUCGCUCUCAUAGCAUGCGCUGCCGCUAAGCCCGGUAUCCUUGACUCAGCACCCUUGGCUUAUGCUGCUCCCGCUGCUGUUGUCGCUGCUCCAGCCCCCGUUGUGACCGCCACCAGCAGUCAAGUGAUAGCCCGCAAUUACAAUGGUAUCGCCGCUGCUCCCGUUGUUGCUACCGCUCCAGUAGCCGCCCCUGUUGUUGCGCGUUAUGCUGCCGCUGCUCCUCUUGCUGCACCCUUGGCUGCUGCCUCUUACGUCGCUUCACCCUUCGCCGCUCCAGUCUUGUCACACUACGCUGCCGCCCCUUUAGCUGCACCCCUGUGGUAAACAUUGUUGA